CCCGAGUUUUUUCUGAAUUGAUAGAUUUUCUCUACUCGCUCGACGACAUACAGACCUUACCCGCGACGCGCGAUGGAAAUGAAACCACCACAUGUCAAGCCGCGGCGGGUAGCAGCCCGUUCUGCAAAGGAGAGGGCCCAGGAUGACCUGGUCAUGCAGACAAACAGUAGCAGCAUCGUGUCUAAGCGCAGCGUGGAGCGCAUAUACUACCCGGACGAACCCCACUACUUUCGAUACUUCGUCAAGAAAUUCCAGCGCCGCGCGCCGCUCAUCAACAGAGGCUACCACCUCCGCCUUCAUGUCAUUGAUGUCGCCGUGCGGCGCUUUCUCGAGCGGCCCGCCCACAAGACAAAAGUCGUCGUCAACCUGGGCUGUGGGAGUGAUGUGCUGCCCUGGCAAUGUAUGACUCGGUAUCCUGACGCCUGCCGUGGUGCCAAAUUCGUCGAUAUUGAUUUCCCUGACCUCAUGUCCAAGAAGCGUACUAUUGUCCUAACCACCCCGGAGCUCCGCUCUGUCUUUGAGCCUGUAGACACCAAUGUUGAUGAACAUGUCCUACUCAAGAGCCAUAUGUAUUCCCAGAUUGGAUGUGACCUUCGCAAUACCGCUGACGUCGAGAAGGCUUUAUCCACAUGUCUCGAUCUGGAAAUUUCUGACUGCAUAUUCAUGUUUGUCGCCGAAGUUUCUAUCACUUACAUGGAGACUGUAGGUGCUGAUGCUGUCAUCAAAUGGGCUAGCUCGCUUGGCCAAGCCGAGUUUUGCCUCCUCGAGCAAAUACUUCCUGAUGGCUCUGAUCAUCCUUUCGCAAAAACAAUGUUGAGUCACUUUGAUAAGCUGAAGACUCCGUUGAAAUCGGUCUUCCAAUAUCCUCACCUCGGCGCCCAGCAUGACCGGUUCUCUCGCCUGGGUUGGCCUCACGUGGAAGCAGUUAGCCUCUGGGAUGUAUGGACUAAUGACCAAUGGAUCUCAGCCACCAAAAGACGAGAAUUAGACCUUGUUGAGCCGUUUGACGAAUGGGAAGAGUUUGCCCUUUUUGCAAGUCACUAUUGUGUGGUUAUCGCUAGAACUUCUGGCCCUGAUGUUAAUACCGGCGACAACAAUGUCCCUAUAAAGCAUUCUUCUCAGAACUCAUCUCCCGAGCUUCUCUUCAAUGCAUAUUCUGGAACGCACGGAAAAAGACGGUUCGGAGCUGCGAUGCUAUUGCAGGAUGAGUUGGGCGAGCAAAUAGUUGCCAAUACUUUUGGACUCGGGACAAACAACCGUCUCAAGUCUUGCGACCUGUAUUCUUUCGACUUGGGGGCAGCGGGGAUCAAAACACAUCAUGUUGGGCCUCACAGUCGAGUCUGUCACAGUGUUGUAGAUCUAGGCUAUUUUGGUAGUCUCCUUGUUGGUGGGAGGUCGUCCCCAUCGUCAGCUAUGCGAGACUGUUGGCAUUUCAGUAAAGAACAGAAUAUGUGGUCACUCACAGAUGCUCUUCCAGUGCCAUUAUACCGACACAGUACGGUACAAUUAGGGAAAUCCGGUAUGACACUCCUAAUAGGAGGUAAAAGCGACUCCUCUACAGUCUUCCCUGGUUGCCUCCUUCACAAACCUGGUUCUGGGUGGACAGAGUGCGGGAUAUUGGGAUUAGAGUAUCAGCCGGUAUUCGGGGCUAUGCUCAUUAGCUUCACGAAACAUAAAACGAUACAAGAUGGAUCUGAUGGCCGGACCGUGCUUUUUGAUGGUAUCCUAGCCGGUGGGUUGCUAGAGGAUGGGACUGUCGCGCGCCAGUUGCUACGGUGGCAUCUUAGGCUGUCCGCAGACAACCGGCCAACAAUAUCGUUUGGGCAGAUUGAAAGCUCCGCGGACACCAAACUCCUCGUCUCUCGCUUCGGCGCUUCGGCUCUACUCCUCGACGAUGAGCGUAUCGCUGUCGUCGGUGGUGUUCAACAUGAUGGUAUCGUACCUCGAGCUGACGAGGUUCUAAUUAUGCACAUUUCCGAUUCAAAAUUAGAAAUUCUUUCACACUGCUCUUUUGACAGUACUAGUGAAUCAUCUAGUAUACCGCGUCCUUUGCUAGUCGGCGCAUCAGUAUGUUUGGGCAGUCAUAACCAAGUUCUGGUUAUGGGCGGCGGCGCUACGUGCUUCUCUAUGGGGACAUAUUGGAAUGAAGGCUGCUAUACAUUAAAUUUAAAUUCUCUCAGCGCUUCACCUGCAACGGCACUAAGGAAUUCUUUGAAAUUUGUCAAGUUAGUCGAGCUGACGGAUCGGCCACAACCAACCCAAAAUGGUUAUGCGGUCGAUGCCAGAUCGCAACAAGCCAGUAUCACAGAAAUUCCCAAGAUCCGCGUUGAUACGGAAGACGACUUCGAGAGGAUCCUGAGAGCUGGAAAGCCCGCUAUCAUAGAAGGUAGUGAUCUAGGCACAUGUGUAUCUAAAUGGACUGGAGCCUAUCUGACUGAAAAUGUCGGCUCACAAAGAAAAGUCGUUGUCCACGAAGCUUCUAGUUCAACAAUGGAUUUCAAUGCAAAAAACUUUAGCUACAUAACGAAAGAUUUCGCGUCUUUCAUCAAGGAAGUCGAGCCAGGCGGGAAGCAGUACCUGCGGGCUCUCUCAAGCGAGCAUCCAUCUGACCUGCCAGGCACUCUUGAAGCGGAUUUCCCCGGUAUAGCAGGUGAUUUCCAACUCCCUGCAGAGUUAUCAUUCGUCAAGCGAAAUGAACAUAGCUCUGUACUGCGCAUCUCAGGCCGUGUAAAUAUGUGGCUGCACUACGACGUCAUGGCAAACGUGUACUGUCAAAUAUCAGGAUCCAAGAAACUCCUGUUAUUCCCACCAGACGACGUUAGUCAUCUAUCAUUCGCCCCAGGCGCAUCAAGCUCCAGCAUCGACGUAUUCUCUAACCUCGAAACACCCGCUCUCGCCAUGACACACCCACACGAAGCAACACUAAACCCAGGAGACAUCCUUUUCCUACCACCUCUCUGGCUGCACGCCACAGCACCCCUCACAGACUUCGGCGUCGCCGUCAAUAUCUUCUUCCGAAACCUAGAGACAGGGUACGCCAGCGGAAGAGACGUGUACGGGAACCGCGAUAUCGCCGCCUACGAGAAGGGUCGGCAGGAUGUCGCCCGUAUCGCCAACUCUUUUGGCAAGUUACCUAGGGAUAUGCAGGCGUUCUAUAUGAGGCGCUUGGCGGACGAGAUGGUUCAGAAUAUUGCUAUAUAAGAGCUCGACGACUGCGGGAAUUGCGUUAGACUUUGAGUUGGGGCGCAAAAGACCAUAGGGAUAUGCAAUUGAGCUAUACUCUUAGAUCCCGCGUACGUAGGUAUCGAGUGGAUAGCACAAAGAUUGGACUUAUCCUCACGUCUGGAAACACAAGUAAAUAAAUGGAAAUCAUAAUUGACUGGCACCCUACCUUGGCCAUCUAUCUGCACACCAACAAGAUCCCGACUAAAGGCCUGUACCAUUUGCAAAGCCCAAGAAGGUAUCAUAACUGAAUAAUUGGUGUACUUACACAAUCCCCGAACCUAGCCUGAGGAUACAAAUAUAAUCUCGUGAACUACA